AAAAAAAAAAGUACGACGAACUCUAUCGUCACUGUCAAUGACGAUUAAAACGUUUUCUAUGGAAAUGUGUUAACUAAACAGCUCGUUUGUGUAAAAUAGAGAGCUUUAUAGUUUUAAAUAUCUUCUUCCAAAAAGCGUUGUAUCAGUUUUAUAAUUAUAAGUUCUCUAUGAUUGAUAAACGGAAAUUUUAAAUGCAAUCUCCUCGCAAGAGGAGAAAUAAUUGGAAACUGCAACUAUUCUCAUACAUUAUACUUGUCGCCACAUUUACUGCAUUUUGUUAUUUUAUUGUCUUUAAAAAAAUAGUUUUUAAUAAAGAAAACUUGAGUAAAUCUUUUAUUAAGAUUGAUAAACAACCUACUGUUUUUCAAAAGCAUUUUACACAAGGGCUAAAAGAAGAAAAGUCAUUUGUUCAAGUUAAUGAUUUUCCAUAUGACAAAAGCAAGCGUCCUAUAUACCAAGAUCAAUGGUCUUGUAAAACUCUUGAUGAUUGCUUCAAUUUUGAAAAAUGCACUCAUGGUUUUAAAGUUUUUGUGUAUCCUAAUAUAAAAGAUGUAUUUAUGUCACCUAUGUAUGGAGAUAUUCUCGAGAUAAUUAGAAAUAGCAAGUAUGCUACAGAUGACCCUGAUGAAGCAUGUAUUUUAAUUACUUCUGUAGAUACAUUAGAUCGUGAUAAAUUGAGUAAAAAUUUUGUUAAAAAUGUUGACGACUUAAUAGCAAGAAAAGUAUCUUACUGGAACAAUGGAGAAAAUCAUGUUGUAUUUAAUUUAUUUUCAGGAACAUGGCCAAAUUAUGAUAAUGAUCUUUCAUUAAAUUUUGGGAAAGCUAUUAUUGCUAAAUCAUCAUUUAAUUUAGAUACUGUCAGGCAAAAUUAUGAUAUAAGUAUACCUUUGCUACCGAAAGAUUUUCCUAAAUUACCAGUAGUAUUGAGUGAAACUGAUAAUUUAUUUCCUAUAUUCAGAAAGUAUCUUUUAUCAUUUAAGGGAAAACGGUAUCUUUAUGGAAUUGGUAGUGAAACCAGAAACAGCCUUUAUUUAAUUCAUAAUAAUGAGGACAUUAUACUACUUACAACAUGUAUUCACGAAAAAAAUUGGCAAAAGUUUGCAGAUUCACGUUGUGAAGAAGAUAAUUCAAAUUAUGAUAGAUUUAACUACACGGAGUUACUUGCAAACUCAACUUUUUGUUUAAUACCUCGAGGUCGUCGGCUAGCGUCAUUUAGAUUUUUAGAAGCAAUUCAGUAUGGUUGCAUUCCAGUUAUUAUGAGCAACGGUUGGGAUCUUCCUUUCAAUGAUGUCAUUGAUUGGGUAAAGUUUUCUAUUGUUUUAGAUGAAUCUUUGCUUCUUCAGCUUCCAAGCAUAUUGCGAGGAAUUAGUUUUGAUCAAGUUUUGGCAAUGAAGCAGCAAACUAUAUUUGUUUGGAAAAAUUAUUUUUCUUCUAUCAGUCAUAUUAUUCACACUACUCUUGAGAUUUUAUUUACUCGCUUACAACCUCAUAUGUAUAAACCACCGCUGAUGUGGAACUUUCCCCCCGGUGCUCUUAAUGUUUAUACAGAUUUCUCAACAAAUAUGGCGGAUUUUCCUUUUUACUACCAUCUGUUUAACAAUCAACCAAGUGAAAAAUUUACAGCAAUAAUUGUUGCAGAUUCUCCAGUUUACAAAUCAUCAGAUCCUCUGUUUUCAUUGAUAAAGAUAAUUAACAAAUCUACCUAUGUUGACCAGAUUUUAGUUGUAUGGCUACCCAAUGAAGAUAUUCCUGAAAGAUCAAAAUGGCCCAAAACACAAGUUACUUUAAGAGUGAUACACCCACCAAAUAAGACGUUUAAUUCACGCUAUGUGAGCAUGUCUUUGAUCAAUACAGAUGCAGUUUUUACUUUUGACGACGAUGUAUUUCUCACUUCAUCUGAUAUUGACUUUGCAUUUUCUGUUUGGCGUUCAAACCCAUCAAAACUUGUUGGUUUUCUGCCAAGUGUCCAUGUAAGCUGUGGGAAGGCUUGGUGUACUGAUUCAGGGCAUAAAAACAUGCUCUCUAUUAUAAGCACAUCUUCAGCUGUGUUUCACAGGUACUAUAGUCAUCAUUAUAGUUUUCAUGCUCCCCAACAACUUCAUGAGCUUGUUGCACAAAAUCGAAGUUGUGAAGGUCUUGCCAUGAAUUUUCUCAUUAGUUUUAUAAACCAAUCACCACCAAUCAAGGUUGCACGAUCACCAAAUUUUUUUGACAAAAGUUCAUUAAACAAUAAUACUGAACAAGAUGAGUGUUUUAAUAAAUUAUUGCAGAUAUUUGGUGUUAUGCCUUUAAAGAAAUCAAUUAUUUCAUUCAACCCCGUGCUGUUUAGAGAUCCAGUUUCUGUAACACGGAGAAAAUAUAAGUUGUUAGGCUGAUUUUUAAUUAGCAAUUUUUUUAUUUUUUGAAUUUUAUUUAAAAAAUUUUGUUUUUUAUACUUCCUUCAUAAAAAUUUCAAGUGUUCCUUUGUUCAAUUA